AAAGAUCUACAGUUAAGAUUUAUGAAUCUGAUCUUGAGACUAUUACCAGACCUCGGAAGAGAUUUAGCUACUGUUGAGUAUGGUACAGAACAGUAGCUGAGUAGUGCAAAAAAGUUUGCUAACAAAGUGUCGCAUGAUUUGCUGAAUAUUCCAGAACAGAGAUACGUAAACUAAUCUGAUGCUGGGUGAUUGAAUCCGAUUGUCUCACAGUUGGCAUGAGGCUGUGUACACCAUCACUAGGAAGCCGGCCAGCAGGAGCUCGACCCAUGACCCUGUACAUCUCACUACUUAUAGGCCUAGGGUAUGGCAUCAGAAAUCACUAGGGAACUGCUACAUCUCAACUGAUUUGUUGUGAAUGAAUCUGGCCUGCCUAGGCAGGAGAGCUUGAAGUCAUUUCUCAUAGAAUCCAAUGUGAGAGCAAGUAACCACUAUAAACCAAUCAUAAUGAGAUGGCUAAGCAGAAAGUGGCGCUUACGCCGUUUACCCAAGUGCGAUAUCCUCUACAUGUUGCUCGCACUUGGGAUGUUCUCGAUUUACAUGAUGUACAACGUUGCUUACCACAUGCGAGCAGUAGUUGGGGAGGAAAAAAAGCUUUCUGCCAUCCCCCAUACUCGGGACAAAGAAGAAGAAGAUGCUGGUGGGGGAGCGGGUGAAAUUGAUUCCGGGGGUGAUUUUGUUAUUCACAGGAACAUUUUAGAAGGGAAGGAAGUUGAGCAAAAAAAAGAUGUUGAAGAAACUACGUUGAGUGAAUUCCAGAUAUAUUUGAAGGAGUUAGAAACCAGGUUGUUGGAGAAACAACGGAAGCUCAACAAAGUUGCGCAUGUCCGUGGACAGCUAAACCUCGUCCAACGAGAUCUUCCAUUUUACGAAGCAGCGCUCAGAAGGAAUGGAUUCUGGGUUAAAACACCAGACGGGGUUGUGACGUCGAAGCUGACAGAGCAGAACGGCACAAUUCUUACAAAUUUUGAAGAAUCUCCUUCUGCAAGAGAGUUUGGUGUAACAGACCCCAACAAUGUUGAUCCAUGGGUACUAAUGUUGUGUAUGACAUAUUCGGAUGGAGCCAGAGGUGACUGUUUACAACGUGAAACAUUUCGCCAGCUACAAGAUGAACAAAAGAUUAAUAGAAUACCUGGAAUUAGGGAAACUUUAUGGAAGAAGGACAGUUUCUGUUCUACAAUGAAUGCUGCUCGAAGGAUUCCAGCAUUGAGAAAAAGUGUAAUAUCUCCAGUUUGUUGGGUUUUGCCUGCACAAUAUGAGCAGUUUUUGGGCGUUGCAGAUGCUUUAGGGACCGAUGUGAGGUGGGUUGUAAAGUCAACAACCUCCGGUGGCAUCAUUCAGCUUCUGCAGCCAACAAGAGAUCGGGAUUUUGCAAAAGUUAAACAAUAUAGUAAAAAAACUGCUGUUGUACAGCAGUAUUUUCCAAAUCCAUUAUUAGUAUUUGGGAUGCCAGUCAGCAUACGUGCUCACGUUGUUGUCACAUCAGUUGCUCCGUUAACCGCAUUCAUUCACUCGCAGGGUACUGUACAUUAUAGGCAAGAUUAUCAAAAACAUUUUAUGAAGAUAAAAAAUAGGAUGUGGAGUUUCUCACAGUUUAAGAAUUACUUAAUUGAACACCAUGGGAAAAAUGCAGCUGAAAUUGCAUUUAAGAAUAUGGAAAGUGUGAUAGUACAGACACUACUAGCGGUUGAAUCUUCAGUAGCAGAACAUUUUAAUACAUUUUCGUUCAAUAGGAAUAAACCUUAUAAGUGCAAAAAUUGUUUCCAACUUCUUGGCUUCGACCUGAUUUUCAACUCUACACUUCAUCCUGUUAUUAUUGAGGUGAAUGGACAUCCUUACCUUGAUGUUUCAAAAGAGGCCAACGAGUGGGCAGCGAGUGAAACAAGGCAGACAAUAAUUGAUGACACCAUCAACAUCUUGUUCUCAAAUUCUUCAGUAGCAAUCGAUGUUGCAGAGGCUUUGGAAACCCUUCAUUUAAACAUAGGAAUAGUGGGAUUGAACUGCCAAUCAUCACAUCAACUGUGUAUGACAGAUGAAGAUUUGGAAUACUUGAUGGACUCUCGGAGGCAGGUCAGACAUAGAGGGCAAUUUAAACAGCUUUACCCUUCCCCAGAAAACCCCAAGUACAACAGCCUUGUGAAAGACCUUGUUAGGUUUCAGAAUGCCAAACAAAAGAGGAAACCAAGAGAACCACUACCAAAUGACAAACGACAUAGCACACCAGACCUACAUCCAGUAAUCACAGCUGUUGAAAGCUUCUUCCAUAGUAAACAGGUUGAAGCCGACCAGAAGUACUUCCAGCAAAGGAGCAUUGUGGAGGAAUUUAGUAGGUCAAGAGAAGAUGUCCAGCCUAUUCAUGAUGUCUUUGAGAUUAAUAAUCCAUACAAGGAGAAGUACAAAAAGACUCAUUGCAGUAAAGAUCACCAGACUAUGCCAUAUCUUUCUGGGAUCUACUUUGAGCCCAACAUCUCAUUCAGCCCAGAAUUUGACCCUUAUACGACAGAAUAUUACGCCAAAGUGCCUUACAAGACUGUCAUCCUUAAAGUUUGGGCACAUUCCAUGAACUGCGACUGUGAGGUGAGGUUAGAAGACAAGUAUGGACUCUCCAGGCCAGCUAAUUAUACGAUUGGGAUUGGUGACAACCGAGUGAAUCUGCUCGUUGUGGACAUAACACACACAGAGCCAUGGGUAAUUAACACAUAUGUUGUACAUGUGUACAGGGAAGGUCCGAGUGAACAUAAACCAGAGUUUAAUGAGAAUGCUCAACAUCAAGUCUGCAGUCUCAUGCAGGAAUGCAAUUUGAAGUUUAUUCCAUUUGCAAGCUGUGGACUGAAUCCCAUGCCGCAUGACAGCUGGCCAGCAUUCCUACAGCAGGCAAACCAUCUGCCACUUUGCAAGGCAGGAGAUAGUCCAGGUCAGUGGGUGAUGCCCUGUGGAAUGUGCAGUGACCGUAGCACCUGCUUUUUCAGAAAUGCCAAGUGGCAACCACACACCUGUAGACAUGAUCACAUGACUCGUGAGAAACUUCAAGAAUGUAUGGCGAGGAAAAGGAUGGUAUUUAUGGGUGAUUCUACAAACCGUGGUAUAAUGUACUAUAUUAUGGAACAGGUCAACGGAAGCCUAACUGAAUGGGAUAAGACACACGAUAUCAAAGUCUACAACAACUUAAACCGCAACCGCACAUCCACCACAUUUGGCUACUUCCCACAAUUCAUGAUCCCGGCUAACCAACGGCCACCAUUUGACAAAGCGUUUCUACAGGUGCUACAAAAAGCCAUGCCAUUAGAGAACAAUGAAAAUACAGUGAUUGUGAUUGGUGGAGUACAUUGGCUGGCAACACAUCAUCUCAACAUGGUUCAAGAUGUACUAAAGAGGGAAGGAUUGUCAGAUGUCACUAUUAUUAUGAAAGGACUGGGAGCUGGCUUUCACCAACCUGUUGAUGGCAUCCAUUAUCUUACACCAAAAGAGCAAUAUAAAGUCUUACUGCACAAUCAAGGCCUGAUACAACAUGCCAAGACGCUUGGCUUUGAGAUAGUGGACACAUUCAACAUCACCAUGGCUCGAUAUAGAGACUUCCUGCAAGGGAAAUGUAGCUGUCACUUCCAUAAGGUUCAGGAGAUAGUCGGUACAACACCUGGAUCCCUGCCGCAACCACCGCAGACGAAACGUGUCAAGAUAUACCGACGCGGAAUGACGGAAGACACCUACAAUUAUCAUGUUCACGGUGACAUAAAUGCGUUAUACUCGGAGAUAUUGCUGAACCGGAUAUGUGAUCUAUGAAUUGAGUUCCUGGAGAACACCAUAAAACAUUAUGAGAGGCAGACACUAAGUAGUCAGGUGUGACUUAAUGUGUGAGAAUGCAAACAAUCUUAAUAGAAUUGUUUUUGUUUCACUCUGUUUUAUAACUGUUCAACAACAAGUUGCUAUUAUUCUGUUCAUGUUUUCUGAGAAAAUUGCCAAAUUUCCCAUGAUGCAGUUGUUCAGACAAUGAACUCUGAAGCAGCCUGUUGGAUGGCAUAGUGAUCAGUGUGACACUUGGCAGCUUAAAUGUAGUCUGCAUAGAUGAAUGUCAAUCAUCCCAGGCCUAGAGGAAUGAAACAUUAUGAUUAAGGUACAACUUGUUGAACCUGGAAUGCAGAGGUCCUUGGGAACCUCAGCUUAUACCCAUCUGGACAAAUAUUGGGUAGGGUCUACUCACCUGGAUUUACCUCCAUUGUGUAUGUGUGUACAGAUGGAUAUUAUGAGACUCAUCAUAAAGUACAAAUAACUUUGCAAAGUUAUAAUUAGUAUCUACUUGGUUGGUGUAUUUCCAUUAGUUAGCAUUGUCAUGUGACUCUAGCUAACCAAUCCGAUUAGGUAAAAAAACCCUGUGUAGAUGUAUUAAGAAUUUGGUUUUGAUUGGUUAACAGUGAUCAUGUGACAUUGUGACUCAAAUAUGCUCAGGGAAACCUCUUGGCUAGCUUUGAUUGGUUUAUUUUGGUCAUAUGACUAGAUUUUAAGAGGCUGAUUGAUGGAUUAUGAUUGAUUGUAAAAGGUCAUGUUGAACACCACUGGACUUCACUUUUAAUGAUAUAUGAAAGCAUGUCCUGUUUUGUAAAUUCUUUUUCUGUCACAAUUGUUGCCAUUGCUAAAUUACUGUAACCUCAUAAAUACAAUGUCAACAGUUGUAAAAUUGGGCAAGUAAAUGUCAACAACUAAAGAGGUCAUCUCAAAAGGUCAAUAACCUUGUAUUCACAUCAAUUAGUUGAACUAAUGUUUAAUAAUAUUUAAAGCUUUGUUGUUUUGUUUUUCUUUUUGUAUGUUAUAUUUAAUUUAACCUAUUUAUUCUUGGAAAUAGAAAUAUUGAUGCAAUUUGCUUGUAAAUUAAAAGAGAACUUUAAACUGAAAGAUUUGUAAAAAGUGUAAAUAACUUUUAAACAUUUUAUUUGCAAAGUCUUAACUUUCUAUGCAAGACUUUACAAACAAUUGAGAGAUGUUUUAUAUGGAUGAUGUAAAAUUUAUAUUUGCUAAAAAAUAAAUAUGUUACUGUAACAUGUUUUUUAAUUAUUUUUAUAAAGUUCUGUUAUCUGGACACUGGAUCAGUAUUUUGGUAGUGGACCUUUUCACUAAACACUCCCCCUUUGAUAUUGCCGCCCAAUCCCACAAGACAACAAUGUAAACGUACUUAAAUUGGUAUUUAUAUGUCUCGUUUUUAUUAUGUUGUGUUUUCAAUGACAUUGAGGUGAGUCGUCAAUACUGUAAACAUUUUGGUUAUUGUGGAUAUAUUGUGUACAAUUCCAGACAAUAAUAUAAAUGGUGAAAGCUAUUAAAACAUGUAAACAAAUUAAAGAUUGGAACAUAAAAAUGAACGCAAAACAAACAAAAACAAAUGUACCGUCAUCUGGUACUUUAAGAGGUAGACUUUGAGUCUUCUCUUCAAGGGCAGUCAUGAUUGUUAAAUAGAGGGAAACACCAAGUGGAGGGGUAAGGAAUAUGUGUCAUCAGCACAAUACAGGUCUAGUUGGCCCAGUAACCACAAAUGCCAUAUAUGUCAUUAUAUACAACCUUACUUUUCAAUAAUUGAUAGUCAUACAGAUAGAACUGGAGACAUGACCCUGUCAAAGUUCAGCAUGUAUGAAAACGGUGUUUGGAGAAUGAGGGUUCAAAUAUUAGUCAAUUUUAAUGGCAAAGAAAAUACAGCGCACCUGCAACAACUAAUAUCAAAUAUGGGGCGGUUUGACUCGGUUGGCAGAACUCUAGAACCGUACUCUUAAGGUCACUGGUUCGAUUCCGGUGAACAUUUUCUUUACUCUACUUGAUUUACCAAUUAUGGUAACACCAAAUUCGCCAAAAUUCAUGUUCCCAUCACAGUUCAACACGAUGUGACUCAUUUUGUGGCGGAGGGUCGCAUAUCCUUUUUGCAAACCCCUUCCUCCUCCUCACUUCUGUAUCCACCAUGUCUGUUAACUGUAAUUUGAGAGACGGGCACCAUACCAUACUAUAACCAGCUGCUAGUGUAAUCUAUUUUAUUUUCUCCAUGCACCUUAGGUUUCUUCCAUUGUCAGUAUUAAAACAAUCCGGCGAUUUCUACUUGUAUGUCAAUAAAUAUUUUAAGUAAUUAUCAUUGUAAAUUUUAAAAUACAACCAAACAAUUUCAGACAUAACCUGUUACUGUUGUCUUUAUUAUUGAGUCACAUGUUAAACUGGUUUUUUUUUUAAUCAAUAAAUUAUUCGCUAUAUAAAA